AAAAACAAAAACCUAUUCACCUCCCUCAUAUUGUCGUUUACCUCAUCCCACUCUGCAGAAAAAGGAUCUAUCUCUCCCUUCUUUUAUCUCUUUCUCUCACAAUAAUCAGCAAUCCCAGAGUGAUAUAUGUUAUAGUGGCGGACAUUGGGAUAGAGGGUUGUAAAAAACAAAAGAAAUAAAGUCUGUGAAAGAAAUAAAAUCGCAGCAGGCGAAGAGUGCAAGACGGAAUGACAAAUUAAUCCUUCCGAAAAGUGUGGUUUAAGCGGCACAGGCUGAGCUGGCAGUCACGUUAUGUUGACAUUGGCUUAUAUGUCUUUGUAGAUUGUGGCCCGGCCAAUUGGCCGGUAGUUCUUUUUUCGAGAAAUUUUAUUUUAUUUUUUCAAAUAACAUACAUUUAAAAUUUCACAUGAAUGUUAAGAUUUUUAUUUUAGUUAGGAAAAUUUAUAUUAAAAUGUUUAAAAUUGUUACAAUUGGAUAAAACAGCGAAAAUAUCUAGAGACAAAACAAACUAUGAAAUUAACAUUUGAAGAUAAAAUAUUAUUUUCCAUCUUAAAAUUAUAGGAUCGUGUAUUAAACUAAGCGGGGCUUCGAAUAUGAAAAUAAUAUGAUAUAUUACUUAAUAGAUGAAGCUAAAAAGAAAAAUAAACAAUUUUAUAUAGACUAAAGUGAAAAGGAUAUUCAUGAAUUAACUUCUAUAAAUAGAUAAAAAAAAAUAGCUUGGACUUCCAAAUCCAUUGUUGGAUAAAUUCUUGUGUGACCAUGUUAUACGCCCUUAAUUAAUAAUUUAUUUUUGUCACCCUCUCUUGUUUUUUCGUAAAGAAUUUCUUGUAUCUCUUUAGCGUUUUUUAAUAAAAAAAAUCUAAUAUCAUCUCACCACUCUCGUACCAUAAUUCAACCACUAUGGUAAGAUUGAUAGCACCCUCGUACCUCUAUAAUACCACGAUAUUAUUACUACAGUAAUAUCAUGAUGUGGCAGGGUUAUGAUGGCGUAAAUUUGUUUGUUCCAAAAGAUAUGAAACUUGAUAUCUUCUCGAAUAGCAAAAAAAUCUGAUCUUUCUAUGCAAAUAUUUUUUUAAUUUGAUAUAAAACGAAUGAAACAUGAUCCGUUGAAAUUUUGUAGGAGAUUUGAAAAGUGUUUAACAACACGUCUGAAAAUUCGUGUCAGGAAAAAAUAAUCUGGUCAGUUGCCCCCAAAAUCACUUAUUUCCUUCCUUACCCUUUUAUGAUAUGAACUAUUCGAUGUCUCCUUUCCUAAUUACAACCGUUCAAUAUAGUUUUGUAGAUCUAUAUAUACAUACAAAAUUUUCUAUUAGAACCUAAGUCAUUAUUAUUAUUUAUCUAUAAUGGUUCGAGUUUUUAAAAAAGAAAGUCUUAGUUCAAUAAUAUACGAUAAAAUUUGGGAUGCUCCUAUGGUGACAUGCAUGUCAUCGUAACUUUCACUUUUCGGUCGACCUCAAUUAGGAUUAGGUCGACCUAAUAUGUUGUUUCAGUGUAAAAACAGUUUCAUGAUGCCUACUUUGGAGAUUCAUAUCUUACAAUUGGCUCGAUGGAAAUUGGAGAUUAAUGGCUUGUUUUGAAUUUGGAGUGUCCCUCUACACAUUGAAGUGCUUGGGACCUCGAUAGGAAGUCCCGAAGACCAUUUUUGAACUUGAUCAAAAGGCUAUGUCAAAACUGGGAAACUGCCUAAAAAUGGCCAAGUCUGGAAAAGUGUUUGUGAAGCCUACUUUGGAGCUCAAUUCGAGAAGCAUGGAUGAGAUUCGAGUCCAGGAGCCUCUACAACAUGAAAGUAUGUAUGUUUGUCUACACAGUCAAGGCAUUGGAGGAAAUAUUGGAUAUCUGGAAGGCUUCAAACAAAAGACUCGAAGUUGCUACGAAGUAAGCUUCCUUCUAGCACAAGACUGAAAUGACAGAUUAGGUAGACCUAAUCUUAUAUGAGGUCGACCUAAAAGUGCAAGUUAUGGUGACAUGCAUGUCACCAUAGCAAAGUCCUAAAAUUUGAUCUCUAAGAAGAGAUUAGGGGUCUUUUAACAUUGAAAAUUUAGGAUAGGAUCAGAAUGAUUCUUUGAAUAUAAGAUCAUAAUAAAUGAAAAAAGGAAGUCCAUAAAAAAUAACUGGAAAAAAAAUAGAAUUUACUGUCUAGGUGUCUUCAAAAGAUUGAAUUUCCACAAAUAGUGUAAGAAGUGGGUUAGUGGCCGUGGGCUUGUAGAAAAUGAAUAAGACUUUGUGGG